AUGGACGAUAACAUCCCAAGAGGCUCUCUUGCGCCUCCUUCGCGCUCAGACACGCUCAGAUCUCUGCAAAGAACUUUGACCCGAUCACUCAGCUUCCUGCGCUUGCCAAAUUUCUCUCGUUAUGCCCUGCCCCCACUGGAGUUCUCCAGUCUAUCCGAUGAUCUACGCCACUCAGACGCUGACUACCUCGAUUCCGCGUCCGACAUAUCAUCUGCCUCAGAUUCGGGCUCUGAAGACGAAGCCGGGGACAUAGGGCCACCAACCAGACCGGUUGUAGAUGAUGAUGAUGAUGAUUCGAUUCGUCGACUACCGAUCCGCCGCCAGAGCUCUCACCUACGCUGGCAAUCAGUGCCACCGCGAAAGCCACUGCCUACAGACCUACAUCGAGAUCUGAGAAGUCAGAAAAGUCUGAGAAGGUCGCAGUCUUUCAAAGAUCCAAAUCUGGUGACUUGGGACGGGAAAGACGAUCCACGUAAUCCACUCAACUGGCCACGAAGAAAGAAAUGGAUGUCCACGGUGCUGGUGUCCUCCUUCACAUUCAUCUCCCCGGUUGCGUCCACCAUGGUCGCGCCUGCGCUCCCAGAUAUAGCAGAUCAGUUCGACAUUAGAUCAGAUAUUGAACAGGUCUUGGUCAUGUCCAUCUUCCUGCUUGCCUACGCUGUAGGUCCUUUCGUCCUUGGACCAUUGUCAGAGGUUUAUGGUCGGGUCGUUGUCUUGCAGUCUGCCAAUAUGCUCUACCUUGUCUUCAACACUGCCUGUGGCUUUGCGCAGACAAAAGAGCAAAUGAUGGCGUUCCGUUUCCUAAGCGGGUUGGGCGGAAGCGCUCCCCAAGCCAUCGGUGGAGGAGUUCUGUCCGACUGUUGGGCAAAAGAAGAAAGAGGAAGCUCGCUGGCUCUUUAUUCACUCGCACCCUUCAUCGGCCCCGCCGUCGGCCCUAUCGCUGGUGGUUAUAUCACAUUACACACCACAUGGAGAUGGAUCUUCUGGGCCACAUCCAUCGUCGACACCCUAAUCCAAGUCUUCGCUUUCCUUUUCCUCAACGAGACAUACCAUCCCGCCAUCCUCGGCGAAGUAUGCAAGCACAAGCAGAAAGAGACUGGAAAUAUGAGACUGCACACUAAGUGGCAGACUCCUGACAAAACCUUCCGCCAGUUACUUCGCAGAGCCAUGUUGCGCCCGUUUCUAAUGCUCGCCACCCAGCCCGCACUACAAGCCAUGGCCAUCUAUCGAGCCUACGGAUAUGGACUUAUGUAUCUUAUAUUUUCCACCUUCCCCAUGGUCUUCCAAGAGCAAUAUGACCAAGACGUCGGCACCGCCAGCUUACACUACAUCAGCCUGGGAAUUGGGUUCGUCUUUGGACUCCAAAUCAGCGGGCCUCUCCAGGACAAGACCUACAAAUACCUCAAGACCAACGGCUUCGAUCCCAGCACUCCCCUCGACACGCUCAUCAAAACUCUCUUCGCCGACUUCUGCCGCCAUCGUCGCCACCGUCGCCAACGCCGCCACCAUAGAAACGACAUCGAAAACUGGCCUGGCACCUCCCAGUCCCACCCCUCCGCGCCCCUUGCCAUCACCGUUAGCCCAUACCCUCCAUUCCCACCCCCUGCCCGCACCUACACUGUUCGCAGCGACCCACGCAACGGCCUCCCCGAGCAUCGCCUCCCCCUGACCCUCCCCUCAGGCCUAUUCAUGCCACUGGGCCUUCUCAUCUACGGCCUCUCCGCCGCCUCCCACACGCACUGGAUCGUCCCGGAUCUGGGUGCCGCCCUCUUCUGCGUCGGCCUCAUCAUCACCUUCAACUGCGCGCAAGCCUAUGUGGUCGACGCCUAUACGGAUGAGAUCAAUGACGUUAAUUACGCCGCGAGCGCGACGGGCGCGGCCGCCUUUGUACGGACCAUGGCUGGUUUUAGUUUCCCGCUUUUCGCGCCGAGGCUGUAUCAGACGCUCGGGGUGGGCGGUGGAAAUGCGCUGCUCGCGGGUGUCGCGGCCGCGGUGGGCCUUGUGGCGCCAGUGGUGCUGUGGCGGUGGGGUGCGCGGUUGAGGGACUGGGGAAAAGGGAGGCUAUAG